AUGGAUAGAGCCUGUUUGGCAAUAGUUAUAGCUUCUGCUGUUGUAAAAAAAAGAAAAAAAAGAAGAAUAUGGGUUAAGGAUUGGCUGUUGGAAAGAGACAGGUACACCCAUUUAAACCUAUUGAAUGAAAUAGUAGUUAAAAAUCCUGCAGAUUUCAAAAAUUAUUUUCGAAUGAGUGAAACAACGUUUUUAACUUUAUUGGACAUGGUUUCACCUCAUAUUAAAAAGCAAGACACUAAUAUGAGACAAAGUAUCAGUCCAAAAGAGCGACUCGCUGUUACUUUGCGAUACCUGGCGACAGGAAGAAAUUUUGCUGACCUCAAGUUCUCAGCAUUGAUUUCCCCAGCAGCAAUUAGUUCAAUGAUAAUUGAAACAUGUGAAACUCUCAUCUAUGUGCUUCGAGAUUAUAUCAAGCUUCCCUUAACAGAAGAGGAAUGGUUAUUAACUGCAGCAGAAUUCAGCAAGAACUGCCACUUUCCUACUUGUCUCGGAGCUCUUGAUGGAAAGCAUAUCGCCAUAAAAAAACCGGCUAAUACCUCCUCUCUGUAUUAUAAUUAUAAAGGACACUUUAGCAUUGUUUUAAUGGCAUUGGUCAAUGCAAAUAAGGAAUUUAUAAUGGUGGAUGUAGGAGCUAAUGGUAGGAUCUCCGACGGUGGGGUCCUCUUUUAUACAAAAUUUUGGGAUUUGUUUCUAAAAAAGCAAUUGCAUAUUCCACCUCCCACAAAGUUACCAGGUUCAGAGGAUUAUUUUCCUUACGUUUUUGUGGCAGAUGAGGCCUUUGCUUUGCACUGCAACCUUAUGAAACCAUACCCUCAAAAAAAAUGUACAAAGGAGCAAGAUACUUUCAAUAAACGACUGUCCACAGCUCGAUGUGUAGUCGAAAAUGCCUUUGGCAUUCUCGCAUCAAGAUUUGGUGUGUUUCAAAAGCCAAUAAAUCUUGGUCCUGACAAAGCAACAAAAAUUACACUAGCAUGCUGCUAUCUGCAUAAUUACUUAAAAAAGGAAUCUCUAAACUUUAGUGCACAAAACGAAAUUGAAAGCAUAGAUGUAGGGGCUAGUCUUCGUGAAGAACAUAGUAGGAAUGCAAGCGACGCAAAAUCCACAAGGGAUAAAUAUUGUACAUAUUUUAAUCUUACAUAA